CGGCACCAUUUAAGGGCACGACUCGGCUUUUUAAUACAAGAUAAUUUUAGUCCAAAGAGCGAGUCAGACAGCUGAAUAUAGUCAAUCAUGAGUGCUAAAGCAGUGAGCUGCACAAUAAAAUCACCUGUGGCGCUGCAGAUUGGAGACGCUGUAUCUGAUUCAUCUCGCCCUGGCGUCUAUAUAACAGACAUCACCCUCGCCGAGCCUGUGAACAUUCAGGAAAUCUCCUUCAAGAACUACUACACCGCAUAUUUGACGGUCCGUUUGCAGCGGAGAGAGGACGGUUCUGCGAAGUGGGUCACUUGUUUGAGAAAUUACUGCCUCAUGAGCAACCCACACGCUGAGGCCGGAUCACAUGACUAUUUCUCCAUCUACAGACAUCAGAUGUUGACGGAGCCUGAUAACGUGACGACAGUGAGACUCAUCUUGCGACAGCCCUCCUCCGAAUGGCUUAAUUUCAGCAUUGAGGAAAUUAACAUUUACCCGUGUGCAAAAGAGGACUCGGAGCGAGACGUUCCUGCCUGGAUAUCCACUCUCACACCUGUAGAGGAACCUCUUGAUUUGAAUGGACUUCCUGAUCCAGAGACGGUUUCCUCCAGCAUUCAGCAGAUGUGGGCACUCACUGAGAUAAUGCAGGCGAGCCAAACCGCAGCUUCCAUCGGACGUUUCGACGUGGAAGGCUCUUAUGAUGUCAAAUUGCUAUCGUACACAUGACGGGAAAGCUGAAAAUUGAACCAUAUUUCAA